GCUUGAAUCAGUUUAGAGACUUUUGUAUGUAGCCAAUCUGAAAAUUGAUAAAAUCCAUAUUUUAUUACUUUCUUAGAAAAUACGACUUCUAUGUACACUAAUCUAUUACAUGUAAACAACCAUGGCUGUCAAUGAUGCUAGCAGAACAUUAUGGAUGGGAGAUUUAGAACCAUACAUGGAUGAGUUUUUCAUUUUGCAAGCCUUUGAAAAUAUGGGUGAACCAGCUGUACAAGUGAAAAUGAUUAACAACAAAUAUACUGGGACUGGGGAAGAUGAUGAUUUUCAAAAGAUUUAUGGGCAAGAAAGGGAAAUAAGUAGAGAAGUUGGUCAGAUGUAUCCAGAAUUGAGAUUGCCAGCUGGUUACUGUUUUGUAGAUUUCACAGAUGGUGACACUGCACAGAGAGCUCAGUUACGUCUUAAUGGAAAAAUUAUACCAAACAGUCAGCCUCCUCACAGAUUCAAGUUGAAUUCAAAUCAAGUCAGAGACUGUCCAAAAAAAGAGUUUUCGUUGUUUGUUGGAGAGUUAUCGGAGGAAGUAGAUGAUUAUGCCUUAUUCCGAGCAUUUGUUAAAAAAUAUUCAUCAUGUCACACUGCAAAAGUUGUAUUAGAUUCACGAGGUAUGUCAAAAGGUUAUGGUUUUGUGCGGUUCUCAGAGGAGACUGACCAGCAGAAAGCCCUCAUAGAAAUGCAGCAUACAAUCGGUCUGGGACGUAAACCCAUGAGGGUCAGUCUAGCCACACCUAAAAAAACAAAUACCUAUGAUGGUGGAAGUACUGCAGGACCAAAUAUGGCGGCCGCCUCGUAUCAGAGUAAAGCGUACCAGGAUUAUUAUCAACAGUAUUACCAGCAAUAUUACAAUCAGUACUACGCAAGCCAACAAGUUGCCCAAGCACCACCAGCACAGACCUAUUAUAAUGCUAAUGAUGACCAAAACGCUCUUGAAGAGCCAGAACUUGAGAUAGAUGUGAAUAAAUACAACAAAGAAUAUAUGGCUCAAAGUGAGGAAAUAUUCGAUGUCUUAGAAGAUUCAAGAUGGCAUCCGAUGGAUCAGUGGAACUCUACUGUACCGGCUACAGCGAGGUGAAACUUUAUACAAACUGGUGUAGGUUACCGUAGGCAACUGGCAUGGUUUUUACCGAUGGUGGGCAAGGCUUAAAUCUCAACUUAAAAAUGUGCUAUAUGGAUUGUACUGGGAACAUAAUUAUUGUUAUUGUUUUUCUAUAAAAGAUAUCUGAAUGUUUUGGAAAUGGAGUUGAGUUUUAUCAUUUUCCAUGACGACUUGUUUUCAGAUACUAGCAUAAUUUGUGUAUACCGUUUUGGAGCAGUAACAAUAAUGUUUCUGCAACUCCGUUAGUGAUGGUGUUGACAUAUAAAUGGAAAACUAAUAAUAAAAAAAAACUGGAGAUGUAAAAAAGUUUUUUAUUUAACUUUCUAAUGUUAAAAGGUAUUAGUUUAAUGAAAAAUGACACUUGAGGUUACAUGUACUCAACUGCCAGGAACAGUCAGUGCUCGUGCCAUAGGCUUGUUGUAUCUACAUUUAUCACAUACCCGUGUGGCUUGUGACUCCGUAAAAAACGUAUUGCAGGGCCGUGCAUAUGUUUUGAUGUGACAUCAUUUUGCAUUAUACGAACACAAUGUAAAGAUGCGCUAAAUGUUAGCAUUACACAGUAAGCAUCUCAGUCAAAGAAUUAUUCUUUUUCACUUUAAACAGUGUAGGUUUAUUUCUGAAUUUAUUAAACUUGUUUAAAAAAAUAUUAUGCUCACUAGAGGUUUGCAUAAUGUAAUCUUAUUCAACUUGUUCAAUAAAUUCAGUAUUGAACUUUCACUCAUUCAAUAUCCUCUAUGUAUGAAACAAUAUGCAAAGUGAUCUGUAUAAGAUAUGUAUACUAUAAUAGGAGUAUAGCAUUCCCUGUUGUUAUAUUACUUGAAUGAAAAUCAUUUCCUUGAUUUUAGAUAUGAAAUUCAGGAUUAAAUAUAUGUCAUGAAAUAUUUCAGUCAUCAUUUAUAUAAUUUCUGAAUUUAAGUACUAUUAAAGGAACUCAACUCAGAUCCAAAAACCUGAAGACAUAAAAUUCGAAAUUGUUACAUUGACACACUUUGACAAUUGAAACCAAAAAAGAAAGAAUUUGCAGUCCUAUCUAGACCAAAAGAUUUAGUGAAGUCCCUUUAAUGCUUACAUUUAUAGAAAAAUCUCAAUUUUUGUGAAAAGAAAAAAAACAAAAAAACAACCCAAAAAACAAUGCAUCAAAAUUAUUUGGUCAUUAGAUUGGAGAGUUUUAGCUAUGGACUGGUAGGACAGGUUGAUAAACAAUAAUUUCAACAUGCAUGAUGCUAAGAUUUCACAAUAGAUUUCAAUUAAUAUUUUAUAAAAAGAUCAUCAUUAAAUGCCCUGGUGCACAUAUACAUAUGUGGAAUUUCGUAGACAGAAUUAUGAUUCUUUGUAUUUCUAUAUCCACUUGUUAAUAUGAAAUAUGAUUUUUAGGAGAAAAACUCGGUGUUGCGAGGAUUUUUCUGUCUCUUGUUUAAUGUAA